AACGUCAAUUGUCAAUUAUUAACAUAACCUUAUAAUAAUUUAAGAAAUAUUUUUGAAAUUUCGAAUAUUUAAGAUACAAAAUGCGUUUAUUUUACGCAUUGUUAAGGAGGAAGAUGCCCAAUGGUAAUAUACAUACAGGAAAGCACAGGAUCUACAAAGAACCUAAAAUCGAGGAUGUCUUGAAAUUGAAGAAUGCAUUUGAAAUUGAAGAGAAAACAUGUUUUAUUUGAGGCAUUCUUAUCUAACGCCUGAACAAUCUUAUGGACAUGCUAAAGCUUUGGGUAAAAACGAAGAGAAUUUUAUUAAAACCAAAACCAAAGCUAAACCUUUUUAUGACAAAGUUACAUUAGAAUCCCGUUUAGGGCAUUUAAGAAUCAACGAAUCCUGGGAUUAAGAAAUCUUUUAUAAUCGUUCUAUACCAUGUGCUUAAAUCUGAAUAGUGUGUCGAUCUAGAGUACAAAAUUAAAAAUGAAAUAGGUCUAAACAGUAAUAAAGAUUUGUUCGAUGGUAAAUCCGUGCUUGAAUACUUAAAUCACACUAUUCAAAUUUAAAUAGUUAAUUUAUUAGGUAUGUUAGUGAAAAUAAAAAUUUAGAAAUA